AUGGAAAGUGGCUGGGAUAUAAUAAGACUUCUUGGCGGCCCUGCAAAUCCGAAACCGAUUGAGUCAACAUGCAUUUAUGAGAAAGUAACUGCAACGGCUGCUUAUGUAUUCGACCCAGAAAAAGAAUCUCCACAUAGAAAUGUUUUUUAUCAUCAGAUGACAAUGGAUCGAGUCGAAAACAAUGAAUACGUUCUCCAAAACAAUCAGUUUUUAAUUGACUCUCCAGUAAUUCGGAUCUCAAAAUUCAAACCAUUCUUUGAUCCUUCUGACCUUGUAUCGGGUGAAAUUCAAUAUGAAGAAUGGUAUCUCUUGGAAGAAGCAUACACCCUUACUCUUAUUCCAAAAGUUACUUCCUCUGCAAAUUAA